GUUCUCCGUCAGAGAACUGCUUGUUUUGAUUUUUUUAUGAAAAAUACCAAAUAUGGUGGAAAAAUAUUGAAAUUGAGCAAGAAAAUAUGAAAAUUAAUGAAAAGAACUUAUGUGCCUUUGCUGUUUCUGCCACUCCAGUUGAUAAAGAAGGAUACUUGAAUAAACGAGGAGAAGUGAACAAGAAUUUUCAGCGACGCUAUUUUAUAUUGAAAGGAAACCUCCUAUUUUAUUUUGAUAAAAAGGGUGAGAGAGAACCAGUAGGAGUGAUAAUACUUGAAGGAUGUUCAAUAGAACUUGCUGAAGAUGAGGAACAAUUCAGUUUCAAAAUUGAAUUCCAUGGCAUCAACAAUAGGAGCUAUGUACUUGGUGCAGAAUCUCAAGAGUCUAUGGAACAGUGGAUGAAAGCUUUGGCUUGUGCUGGUUAUGAUUAUAUGAAACUUAUGGUAGCAGAGCUACAAAGACAGUUGGAUGAUAUUGAAGAGACUCCUUCAGCACUGACCACAUCCCUACCAUUGGGUUCUCCUGUACCCCCUCCUAGAACCAGGCACAAUCCAUUCAACAAGCCUGACAUGAACCCCCAUCAGAGGUCUCAUAGUCUCAGGUCCAAUUCUUCAAAUUCAAGUCACUUGGAUGAUAGCAGGUUUUCAGAGAAUAAGCAAACUCCAGCUGCAUCAAAGAUUGUCAUAACUUUCAGAGAGCUUCAUAACACCUAUGGCAGGCCUAUUUUGAAGGAUUUCAAUUGUUGGAAGCAUGAGCAGAAGGAAAAGCAGGAAAACAACACUGAGAAUCUUAUAAGUUUCUGAGGCCAGUCUGAGGUAAAAUUAUAGUUAUACAUAGUUAUAAGAAAUUUGUAUAUUUAUUUGUAUUUAUUUCUAAAGCUUAUAUCUGUUUGCUGGUUGAAUAAAUGUAGAAUUUUCACUAACAAAAAAUUGAAUAAUGAAUUACCAGAUCUAGUAACAUAUCUCAGGUUAGGUUACCAGAUCUGGUAACAUAUCUUAGGUUAGGUUACCAGAUCUGGUAACAUAUCUCAGGUUAGGUUACUAAAUCUAGUAACAUAUCUUAG